CUCCCAACCGCGUCUCCAUUGCGCUUUUCGGGAUCGCGGGGUAGAGCACGUCCUCGAGCCUUGCCACCAUUCACGACUCAUACGCUCAAUUCUUCCCUAUAGUCAUAUCUCGUCCAUUACCACACACCUACUGCGUCACCAACAGCAAGAUGCCACACUUCUACACCUCUCUCUCCCCCGAGCUCAGCGACUGGCUUCUCGCGCAACCGCUGUUCUUCGUCGCCUCCGCCCCAUUGACCGGCGCCCACAUCAAUGUCAGUCCAAAGGGGCAUCCUUCGCACUCACUUGCCGUCAUCGGGCCCAAUCAGGUCGCCUACCUCGACAGCACCGGCUCCGGCUGCGAGACCAUCAGUCACAUUUACGAGAAUGGCCGCGUGACUCUGAUGGCUUGCUCUUUUGGGAAAAGCCCGAGGAUAAUGAGGCUGUUUUGCACUGGACGCGUGGUCGAGCGCGGCGGCGACAGAUUCCAGGAGUGGCUCGAGAAGACCCGGAUUAAGGAAGGGAUCAAGGGUUGUAGGUCGGUCAUUGUGUUGGAUGUUUUCAAGGUACAAACAUCUUGUGGUUUUGGCGUGCCUGUUCUGGCUCAUGAGACUGCCACAAACGAAAACACUGAUGUGGAAGCUUCUGCUGCCGCUUACUGGAACGAUCGUGACACAAUUACAAACUGGGCCCAGAAGAUGGAAAAGAAAGGGUACGGCGCGAUCCUUGAUUACCAGAAACAGAACAAUGUCCGCAGUCUAGAUGGGUGUACCGGCCUAAAGGCUGCGAGAAAGGCGAACGGGGAAAUGAUGCUGAUCGGAGAUGUGGGAGCGCGGGCAGGAAGAAUCGCGAAGCAAUGGGAGGCUAUAAUCGUUGGCAUGCUUCUCGUCUUGGGGCCACUGCUAGUCUCAAGAUAUGCUAGUCUACCAACGGCGCAGUUAGGUUGGUAGUGACUUCUGACGUUCUGUCAAUCGAGGGAUAGGCUUGUAUGAUAGUCUGCUGACUUUAAGGUGACAAUGACCUUACUAGCGAAAUGCCAUAGCCCGUGUCAUAAAGUUUGUUGCUCC